AUGUCUUGGGUGAUAUGGGGAGGAAAAGAGAAGGGUCGUGAAAGUAGAAGCUUAAUAGAGGAACUGCCAACAGAGAUUCUAAUGGAGAUUCUAAGGAAAUUACCAGGGAAACAAGCAUUGAUUUGCCGUUGUGUCUCCAAGACGUUUCUUAGUGUUAUAGACUCUCGUUGUUUCAUGGAAAGACAUCUUCAUGAUGAUCAUCAUCAUCAUGAUGGCGGUGAACCUCCAGAAUUGCUCACUUGUGGAAAUCAUGGUGAGUUCCUUUAUAAGAUGUGGAUGUGUAAGACGAGGCUGGCCGAAGAGAGUGAUGAAGCAAAUGUGCUAAAGGUGGACGAUCGACACCUUUGGAAUUAUCCUUGCAAACAAAUACAAUCUUAUUUUCACCCUAUAAGCUCGAAGGGACUAAUUCUAACCAGAAGUGAUUCGGGUCGUCCGUAUGUCUUCAACCCUAUACCGAAAGAGGCUAUGAAGAUACCAGAACAGAUGGACGAAAACUCAUGGAAACAGCCUCUAGGAUUCGGAUAUGAUCCCAAAGGAAAAACUCACAAGAUCAUUAGUGUUUGGGAAACAGAAGAGCAUGAGCUUGUGGCCGAAUUAUUCAACCUGAGGGGAACAGACUCAAAAUGGAGGAGCUUAGACAUCUCCUCUUCGGCCUCCAGUCUUCCUUACGGCCACGUUUCUUUUUCUUCUUCAACGGUGACCAUUAGUGGAUAUGUUUACCGGACGGCCACCAUAAGCGAUAGGACUUUCGUCCAACUCUUCCGCCUCACUAAUCUUCGAGGGACCUUGGCCAUGGUGGAUUUUUCUUCCGAGGAGUGUGUAGGGUUGUGGACACUGAGAGAUAAGGCGAGAGGAGAAUGGUCUUUGGACUACAGAUUUGACGCCAACGUGUUCAGAGACAAAGUGAGACACUUCUGCCGCGGCUAUGAAAAGUGUACAAGCAAAUUACAUAUGGUCGGUGCUUUGAAGGAAGGGCUGCUUCUAAGGAUUUGGGAUUCUACUGUCUGUAUUUACUUGAACCUCAAGACAAAACGUAUGGAGUUUAUUGGGUUUGAGAAUGAGAUUCAAGAAUUAAUAACUCGGGAUUUCAUCGUCAGUUAUACUCCGAAUUAUCUACUUCGUCUCAAGACUUACUAUGACCAAUCAAGAGUCAUAUGUGCUCACCCUCAUGCCGGUGCACGUAUUCGAGGACGUCUCCAUGUAAUGCUUACGCCCGGUGAUUCUCUUGCUUAUGAGUUAAGGUGUUUUUAUGAUAGCUUCUACGUCACAUUCGAUGAGCUUAUUGGGUUUAGGUCGCAUAAGGAAAACCGCCUUCAAAAAGAUAUUCAACUUGAGAAAGCUCGAAAAUUGAAGGAGGAAACUCCAUGGACUUUUGUUUAG